AGAGGUGCUGGCUAGUGGAGUAGAACACCUGUUUAGGAGAGGUGCUGGCUAGCAGAGUAGAACACCUGUUUAGGAGAGGUGCUGGCUAGUGGAGUAGAACACCUGUUUAGGGGAGGUGCUGGCUAGUGGAGUAGAACACCUGUUUAGGAGAGGUGCUGGCUAGCAGAGUAAAACACCUGUUUAGGAGAGGUGCUGGCUAGCGGAGUAGAACACCUGUUUAGGGGAGGAUUUAGCUUAGCUAAAUGGUAUCGUCGUUUUGCGUUCUGAAUGGACAUUCGGGUGCUUUUGUAAAUUCACUCUGGCGAUCUACUCCGAUUUCAAAUUCUCUUCUGAAUGUAGAGCGAUCAAAACCCGUUGAAUAUGGCCAAUGUCAGUAAACGUCUGCAAAAAACAGCUAAAUAAAUUGUUGCCAGCAGCACAGUUAGUCACCAAUGUCCCGGAUAACAUGAAAACUGCCCAACCAGCUCUGAUAGGGCGAGUAAAAUGGUCAGUGGUCUCAUUCGUGUCUGGAAAUAGAUAGCUUGGCUGCUUGACUGCCGUUGUAAAGUCAGAACGCUCAAAUCAACUCUACUCCUCGGCCUGAGCAUCCAGUGUUGCUCUGAAUUUACAAACAGGAAAUCUGACAACUCUCUGAAUUUACGAGCGCACUCUGGCACUCCAGAUUGAAUUUAAGAACACACCCGAAGUCUUCAAAUCUCUAACUAGUAAUUUAUUUUGCUAACUAGCUAGCAAGUGGUUGCAUAGCAACAGCAUCAGCUUCCUGUAGACAGGAGAAGAGCAAGUACACUCAACUGAAAGGAUACCGUUCGUUACAGUAUACUAAAAUGAACUAAUACUAUGUAGUAUACAGUAUGUUAGUAUGGCUAUUCGAACACAGUUACAUUUUUCAAAACGCUGGUACUGCCAUUGAAAUUUCAAUCACUUGGCACAUGUAAAUACUUGCAAGGUUUUGGUUAGUAAGCAUGCAUCAUACAUUUGUUUUGUGCGCACGUGCCUUAAAACAUCUUGGGGCUAGGGGGCAGAAUUUUCACUUUUGGAUAAAUAGCGUGCCCAAUUUCAACUUCCUGCUACUCAUGCCAAGAAUAUAAUAUAUGCAUAUUAUUCAUAGAUUUGGAUAGAAAACACUGAAGUUUCUAAAACUGUUUGAAUCAUGUCUGUGAGUAUAACAGACCUUAUGUAGCAGGCAAAACCCAGAGGACUAACUUUUCAGAUUUGUUUUUUUCCUCUCUCUGUUCCCUAUGUUGUCAUUGCCCAGGGAUAUUUCUUAGGAGCCUGUUUUCAGUUCCUACCGCUUCCACUGGAUGUCACCAGUCUUUGGAAUUUGGUUGAGGUUAUUUCUUUGUGCAAUGAAGAAGUAGGCCAACUAGGAACUGGGUACACUUUUGUGAGUUGCGCAAGACGUGAAAAGUGGCGCUGGUUUGUUUUCAUUCCUGUAUUGAACACAGAUUGCCCUGUCUACAAUUUGAUCUAUUAUUAACGUUUAAAAAUACAUAAAGUUGUAUUACAAAAGUAGUUUGAAAUAUUUUGGCAAAGUUUAUAGGCAACUUUUGAAAUAUUUUAUAGUGGUUGCGUUUUUUGUAAGCUGUUUUUUUUCUGGAUCAAACGCGCUUUAUAAGGACGGAAUUAAUCGAACAAAAGGACCAAUUGUGAUGUUUAUGGGACAUAUUGGAGUGCCAACAAAAGAAGCUCGUCAAAGAUUUCCAGCAGUUCAUUGUCUCUGAAGAGGAGUUGUCCCCUGUACAGCAACACUGUAAGCAGGAUUGGAGCCCCAGUAUGGGGCAAAAUGAUGAACCCCAUACAGAUUAAAGAGGAACAGGAAGAACGGAGGAUCAUCCAGGUGAAUGAAGACUCUGUAUUCACUCCUGUCUGGGUGAAAAUUGACUAUGAUCAGUACCCAACUCAGUCUUCACAAAUCCGAAGUGAAGGCUACAUAGACAAAACGGCUUCAACUGAGCAGAUCAAAACAGAACCUAAGGAAGAGGAUUCCUCGGAGCCAACCAGUGAAUCUCAGCCCCUACGCAAAUCAAAGAGGACACUGACAGAAAGACACUAUACGCUCCAAGGUUAAAAAAAAUCCAUGGAUCUGAAAUCCCCAGUGCAUAGGAGGAGUUACACAGAAAAGAGAGAGAAAGGUUGGAGCUCUGGAUUCUCAUAUGAGGAUACACACAGGGUUGAAUCUGCAUCAUUGUCAGGAAUGGAACGCAGAUUGACUUCCUGGCUGUGGAUGAGAACUAUAACUUUGAGAUGCAGGGGUUCAUCAACCUGGAGACCAUUAAGACCAUCAAACCAGGUGAUGAGAUUGUGGUGGAGUUCACCUAUAACACAGCCACUCGCAAAGGAAUCACGCAGUUGGGGCUGGCCACCACUGAUGAGAUGUGUCUGGCCUUUAUCAUCUACUACUCAGCCAUCAGUGUUGACCACUGCUGGAGGCAGCCAAACAUGCUUACAUACACGGCCAUGAUGGAGAAGACCGACUACCAAGGUAUUGUGGAGAUGUUGAAGACUAAAGCUUGGGACCAGGUGUCCAUUGCUGAGCAUGAGGCCACAAUGAAGAAGGUCCCUCAGAUUGGGUUUAUCAGCAACGAACAUAACGUAAGCAUCCACUCAAUGACAAUGCUGCAACAUCCAAACCUACUGUUUAUUCUGCUCCUCCUACAGAGUAACUACACCAUAUAUGAGGGAAGCAUCCUCAACAUGAUGGCAAGCCCUUCCGUGAGUUGCAGGAGUGAUCCAACUGGCCUGGGUCUGUGAAGAGUUAACUGGCAACAAUAGCUUCUGGUUCAGAAGGCUGAAUGUUUUCAAAAUGAGUCUCCCAUGCAAUAGUAGAAAGUGUCAACUGUUUAUAUUCAUGAUGUAUAAAAAAAUAAAUGUAAGAAAUCCAUUCAGACACCUUCCUAUGAUUUAUGUUAAAUGUCUUACCAUGUGCUAUAAUAUUUUGAUAAAAUGUCAUUGACACUAUUUUAAUCCUUGUGGAAGUAGACCACAGAGCCUGUCAUGCUAUUUCAAUGAGUUUGUAUGAGUUGGCUGGCUAGGUAGUAGGUACUAGAGUUAGGCUUUAUGGACCCAAUAACACUGCAAUAUGUACAGUUGAAUGUUUGUGCUGUAGUGUUCAGGCGUUCCACCUUAAACCUCUUGACCACAGUAAAAGUCCAACCCUUGCUGUCCUAGCUCUUUGUUCAAACUCAUUUUUGAUUCUAUGGCCUUAUGAGUUUUGAAUGUUCUGUGCAGUCUAAUUUUGGUUGGACUAAAACCCGUUUCAUCCUUGACGAAAUGCCACAAGUAAAUUAACAGAAUUACAGUCACUGAUUUCCUUUUUUUCAUAUUUAACAGUAGACUAUUUGUUCCAGCUCUUAUUCAUUUUUAGUGACUGUCUUUAGCUU